AUGUCUUUCCCUCGCCCUGUAACCUCAAAGUCAAGGGGUAUCUGUAAAUAUUACAACUCUCCAAGAGGCUGCUUUUCAGGGGAUAGCUGCAAGUUUCUUCACGGCGAGGAACCUGGUCAAAAUGUUCAGCCGUUGUUGACACCCUAUGACCAGGCCAAGCAAUGUCGAUACUACCAGCAUGGUUUUUGCAAGCGGGGAGAACUGUGCUGGUUCAAACAUGUCGAUCCACAUCAAACCAAUAUUCUCGAGGAAGAGGAUCAGUUGUGUUCCGUUUGUUUUGAAAAGCCUGUUACGUUUGGAUUGCUUGGAAAGCCGGGGGACGUUGUCGAGUCUGGUAAUACCAAAAAGUGUCCCAUGUGCCGCACCGCUUCCCGCUUCAUAACUCCCUCAUCUAAAUUCUGCAUUGCUGGAGAAAAGGCGGACGCGAUCAAGGCUUACCAGGCCAGUAUGGGCAGGGUUACGUGUCGUUACUUCCAAACGUCACAAGCCAAGAACAAGAACAAACCUCUCUGUCCUUUUGGUAAAGACUGUUUCUACAAACAUGUCAACGAGGAUGGGACUCCCUUUCUGUUCCGGGAAGGUGUUGAUGUUUCCAUGCGAAGGUAUCGUGUCGCAAACGGGAUGGAAGACAACGACUUUCUUCCUUCCUUCUUUCCUCUCCCCCUGGAUAUCGACUCUUUGUCACUUUUUGGCACUGAAGGAGUAAAUCUUGCAAUGAACCGUCUCAACUUUAGCGCUCCCCGCAACCGUCAACGAAGAACUGUGGAGCGUCUGCGGCGUCUCAAUGUUGGAAUACAGGAUUCAGAAUUACCUACCACUGCGGGAAGGUUGCGAGAAGUAGGCCGAUCAUUGGAGAUGUUGAACAACGCUAUACAGGAGGGCGCAACGCUGGAAACUUUGAAUGUCGCCGUCGAGGCUCUGAGAAUGGGGCUUACGAGGCUCGAGAGAGGCGGAAGUCGUGGUGGCCUUUUCCGCCGGAAUUCCGCUGAAGAUGCCGCCAUCGAGCGGGAUGCUGAGGAGGACGAUGUCAUGGAGAGGCUAGAAACCUUGGCAGAUCAGAUGCUUGCUUCCAUCAAUUUCCUUCGAGAGAACGCAGAAACGGAUGAAGCCCAUUCUGAUUCUCCACCCCCUUUAGAGCCUAUUAACGAAACCUUUACGAUAGAAACUCGACCGCCACGCCUAACACCAGACGAGGGGCUUUUUGGCGUUGAGAGAGAUUUUGGUGGAUCAGAGUCAAGUGACGACAGUAUGCCUGAUCUGCGCAGCGUCUCCAACUCAAGUGAUAGCGAUUACGACGAGAGCGAUGAAGAUGUUGAAGAAACCCAUGACACCAACAGCGGCACCAGUUUUCUUCCGCAUGAUCUCAUGUUUGACAUAGCAGGUAGUCUACGGACAGAAGAGGCAACAGCAAGACAUGGAGGCCGUUCAUCUUCACGCACUCUCAACAGGGACCCGCAGCGAACAGUAAUUCAAGAUGGAGGCACUGGUCGAUUUAGCACGGUUGUUGACAGGGAAGAACAACGAGACGUGAACACUGACAUUGAGGACGACGAAGGAUCGAACGACGAGGAAGUUGCCGCGACCAUUGUGCCUCCCACCACAGUUUCGAUGCCUGAGCCACCCUUUGUGACUGAUGGACGCGGUCGAGUGGUUUGGACCAGCCCACGGGAGAAUGGAAGCAAUGACGAAAGUAACGAGUCGAUCGUGCCACGAGAAAUACCUUCUGGUCAACGAGCAAAGGUUGCCGGAGAGUUUACCGGUGAUGUGCGGGGACGGGUGAUUGGAACGAGUAGCGAAGGACAGGCAAGCGAGGAGACAACCGUGAAUGGCAGAGAUACGGACAGUCCGCGACGCUCUUUACUUGGCAGAAUGUUUGAUGCGUUCUUUUAAAUGUAUGUCUACUGUAUAAUAUACUCUUUAUUA